GUCGGCCUGAAUACCUCCCAGGCUUCCACCGUGCCGUCCCCAAAACCCCCACACCUCUCGUCCAUUUUCCCGGGAAAAAGCAUCCCCCAGAACCCCUCCCCACACUUUCCCUCUCUUUCCCGGAAAAUUCUGGAGAGAUGGAAAACUCGACCCAAGAAUCCCACCACCUGAGAUCCGAGAACUCGGUGACCCACGAGUCCCCCUACCCGCUCUACGCCAUGGCCGUCUCCUCCUCCCCGGCCCGCCACCACCACCACCACCGCAUCGCCGUCGGGAGCUUCCUCGAGGAGUACACCAACCGGGUCGACGUCGUCUCCUUCGACCCGGACUCGCUCUCCAUCAAGACCCACCAGGGCCUCUCCUUCGACCACCCGUACCCGCCCACCAAGCUCAUGUUCCACCCGCCCUCCAGCAACCCCUCGAAGUCGGACCUCCUCGCCUCCUCCGGCGACUACCUCCGCCUCUGGGAGGUCCGGGAGAGCUCGAUCGAGCCCGUCGCCGUCUUCAACAACAGCAAGACGAGCGAGUUCUGCGCCCCGCUCACGUCGUUCGACUGGAACGAGAUCGAGCCCAAGAGGGUCGGCACGUGCAGCAUCGACACCACGUGCACCAUCUGGGACAUCGAGAAGAACGCCGUCGAGACGCAGCUGAUCGCCCACGACAAGGAGGUGUACGACAUUGCCUGGGGCGAGGCUAGGGUUUUCGCUUCCGUCUCCGCCGAUGGGUCGGUGCGGAUCUUCGAUUUGAGAGACAAGGAGCAUUCGACGAUCAUCUACGAGAGCCCUCAUCCCGAUACGCCGUUGCUCAGGCUGGCUUGGAACAAGCAGGACUUGCGAUACAUGGCCACCAUCUUGAUGGACAGCAGUAAAGUUGUGAUCUUGGACAUAAGGUCGCCGGCGGUGCCGGUCGCGGAGCUCGAGCGGCAUCGGGCGAGCGUUAAUGCGAUCGCGUGGGCUCCGCAGAGUCAUAGGCACAUCUGCUCGGCCGGGGAUGACUCUCAGGCGCUCAUUUGGGAGUUGCCCACCGUGGCUGGGCCCAAUGGGAUUGACCCGAUGUCGAUGUACUCUGCUGGGUCCGAGAUAAACCAGUUGCAGUGGUGUGCGGCGCAGCCGGAUUGGAUUGCUAUCUCGUUUGGGACCAAAAUGCAGCUUUUGAAAGUUUGAGGUGUGAGAAAUCUCUUUAUCUCAGCUGUAGGCGGGUUGUUUUACAAGUAGGUCAUAGCAGGAUGGAGAUUGCUCCCCUUCACGGUCGGAGAUUGUUCAGUUGUCAUGUGAAGUCUGUUCUCCCUCUGUGAGGUCCUUGGAGACAGAUCAAGUUGGUGGAUUUUGUAACUGUAAUCUAAUCACUGUAUCUGAACCUCGCUAACGAAUUGGAUCCUGAACAAGUUCAUGCCGUGAAUUUGUAGUUUCUGUCUAGAUCAUUGUGAUUCAUGUACUCUCUCUCUCUCUCAUUCAGUUGUCAGGUGAAGUCUGUUCUCCCUCUGCAGGGUCCUUGGAGACGGAUCGAGUUGGUGUAUUUUGUUACUGUCAUCUAACACUGUAUCAGAACCUGGCUAACGAAAUUGGAUCCUGAACAAGUUCACGCCAUGAAUUUAUGGUUUCUGUCUAGAUCGUUGUGAUU